CUUUGAUGGAUGAUGGGACACAGAGGUCCCACUUGACGCGCUCACUUUCUUUCUAGAUUGAACGCAAAAUCAAAACGUAUUACGGCAUUGAGUGAUGUGGCUCCCUCUAUGAGACUUCGAAGAAAACAUUCAUAGCUGUUUUCUGCACUUAGCAACAGAUGGAGCCACAAAUUCCGUCAGUUUUGUUUUCUUCAGUUUUUGGAUCCACUUCGUGAUUUUCUCCUGUUUUCAAAGCUGCGUGAACUGCUACGAGAUGCCUGGAGAACGAAAAAACCUGAGUCGGGAAGAAGCCUUGGAGCUUUAUUUUAGUUUACUGACAAGUCGAAUGACAGCGCCGAUGAGUACUGCGAUAGUUCUGAUGAGGAAGACUUUGUGCUUGGAAGCGCUGAGAGCAGCGAAGAGGACGACGUUUCGCCUCCUCUGCCUGUUCCCACGACAAGCAAGCGCAAAAAAAUUGCGCGCAAGCCCUACUCAGGAAAAAGAACAAAACCAAAAAAAGUCAAGAAGCUCCCUGAAGGGUCAGGUGAUGAUAAUACAGCCAGCCAGUGGGACAUGUCCAAAUUCAUUGCGACGAUUCCGACAAAUCAUAAUGCAUCUGGAUCGCAGAAGAUCUUGGAAAGAAGCACUGCCAUUGAAGCAUUCAUGCUUUACUUCGAUGAGGACGUGAUCAAACAUAUCGUGGAUCAAACAAACUUGUAUGCAGCAACAACCAACCGGAAACGAUGGACGACACUCACGUGCUUGGAGCUUCGUGCCUACCUUGGAGUCCUCAUUUUGAUGAGUGUAAAUCGCAUGCACCACCUGCAAAUGUACUGGUGCUCAGACAGCUUAUUUCAUGUGAAAGAAAUCGCCCAAGUGGUGACCUACAAACGAUUUCAACACAUAACAAACUGCCUGCACCUCAACGACAAUGAAAAAAUGCCCGACUACGGCUCAAAAGAUUUUGACCGUGCAUACAAAGUUCGGCCAUUGAUAGAGAUGAUGAACGAGAGGUUCCAGGCCCACUACUCGCCAUCCAGUCAUCUCGCUGUCGAUGAGAGCAUGAUUCUGUUCAAAGGCCGCUCAAGGAUGAAACAAUACAUGCCAAUGAAACCAAAAAUCAAGAGAGGAUACAAAGUUUGGCCUCUAGCGGAUUCUGAGACGGGCUAUCUCCUCAAGUUCCAGCUCUACGAAGGAAAGAGUAUGCAGAAGCCAGAAGACAGAACCUUGGGCGAACACGUUGUCCUGACUUUGGCCGAUGGUGCCGUCCCUGCUGGCUCGCAGUUAUUUUUUGAUAAUUUCUUCAGCUCCACUAAGCUGCUUCAAGAGCUGCGAGAGAAAGACAUCCUUGCUUGUGGCACAUUUAGAGUGAACAAGAGGGAUCUGCCAUCCGAAGUCAAAGUUGACAACAAGCUGGAGCGAGGGUCCUACAUUUGGAGGAAGAAGGCUGAUGUGGUAGCCUACCAAUGGCGAGACUCUAAAAAUGUGCACAUCAUGUCCAGCUAUCAUGACCCAGAAAGCGUCGUGCAGGUCCAGCGAACCCUUCAAAACGGGAAGAGAAAGGAAUUGGACUGUCCAUGUGUUGUGAAAGAAUACAACGCAUGAAUGGGAGGGGUUGAUAAAUUUGACCAGAAAAGGAAUGCCUAUCCAGCGGACCGCCGUUCAAAGCGCUGGUGGAGCCGUAUCUUUUACUUCAUUUUGGACGCAGCGGUGGUCAAUGAUUUCAUUCAAAUUUCCUCCAUGAGUCCUGUCACCUAUCUGCAGUUCCGCCUGAUGCUUGGGCGUCUCCUGAUUGCCCAAAACACGUUUCGAAAAUCGAAAACAACGCUGAAAGCCCACUACAACAAGAAAGGCAAGAAGAAUGGGCGCGCAAUGAGUGGUGUACCAGAUGAACUCCGAUUUGCCGGAAAUAGUCACCACCCCGUCCUCACUGGGAAACGACUGCGGUGCCGGUGGUGCUCUACAAAGCAGAAGGAAGUGCGCACCAAAUACCUCUGCAAAAUGUGCAAUGUGCCACUAUGCGUCACUUGCUUUGGCCCGUUUCACUGCUGCUGACAAUUUGACUGAAGUGGAUGGUGGGACAUACCCUGUCCCACAUAGUGAAUACAUGCUAUGUGGUUAGUGGGACAUACGCUGUCCCACUUUUAUCUCUUUUGUAAGCAGACAGUUUCCACUCGUGUUUGUUUUGUUUGUAAUAAAACUGCCCCAGAAAGCCUCUGGUGAUGAAAAAUUGCGCCUAAAUUACUUGU